AUGAAUAUCAAUAAAAGCUUUCAAAAUUUCAAUGGAAGCUCUAAAAAACGGCGCCGUGUUCCAUCAAUAAAGAAGAACAAGCCCGAUCCUUCUGCGAGCUUCGUCGACGGAAAUAACAUCAAAAAGAAGUUUAUGGUGUUCAAAAAAUCGGCAUCUGAUAUCUCAUUUCCGGAAUUUUGGGACUUGAUAUGGAAGACUGGUAGCAGAGUGAUCGUGCGAUUUGACAAAGGAAGAUCAAUGAAGCAUUCUUGGCUGAAUAGUUCUUCAUCCCUUGAAUAUAAUGUCGGGAAGUAUACUCUGUGGAAGAAGACUAUCAUUGAUAAAUAUUACACUCAGAUAAACUUGACUGUAGAUUCACAGCCGUGA